AUGUUUCAUACGUAAAUUGAUUAGUUUUUUAUUAUUUAUUUAUUAACUAAUUACUAUAUAUAAAAACAAGUUUAAUUAAAGUAAAUUGAAUAAUAGAUGAGUAGUUUGCAUGAAAAUAGAAGUAGAAGUAAAAUGAAAAGAUAAAAAUCUUAUUUUUCUUAGGAAAGUAGAUAGCAAGAAGAUGAUAAUGGGAACUUAUAAUUCUAAAGUGAUGAAAAAAUAGAUAGAUCAUGCUAAAGAUAUUUAUUUGAAUAAAAGCAAAAUCAAUUAGAACAAGGACAUUAAGGGGAUUAAGAUGUAUCUGAAUGCUCUUAAAAUAGUUAUUAUGUAUCAAUUCCUAAUGUAAAAGAUGAUCAAACUAUUUAAUCGCAAUAAAUGUAAACUGAAAAUUACAACUAAAUUGAAUCAAAUCCUCUUAAAUAACCUUAGUCAAAGAGAAUAUUAAAUUCUAAGCUAGAUACUUCAACAAAUAAUAAUAAUAAUUAAACUUAUACUUCCUAAAUAAAAAACUAAGGUGACAGCUCAGUCCAAGAAAUAAGCUUUCCUAUAGCAACAAUGGGUUAUAACUAAUGUAUAAAUUUUAAAACUGAAAGCAGUUAAAUUUAAAAGGAUUAUUCUGAUAUUUCAUUGAAUAAAAAAAUGUAAUGUAGUCCCAAUAAAAGAGGAACAAACUACAAGGUAAAAGAAAAUUAAAGUAAAAUUUACUAAAAAGAAGAGACUUGGAUUUAAGAAGAUAUGAUUUAUGAAAAAAAUAUAAAGCAAUUAAAUCGAAAAAUGACUUUAGCUGUUAUGAAAAUAUAAAAAAAUGCUACUUUAAAUUUAGAUAAGCAUUAGUAGAACUUUCAAAAAGCUACUAACAUAAUUAAUAAAUUACUAAAUAAUUCUAUGAAUAGGAUUAUGAGAAUAAGGCAACAUGUCUAAAAUUUUGUUGCUAUCCUCAAAUCUAGAAUGCCAAAUAAAAAAGUUGAUAAUUUGUCAAUUAAAGAUUAUACAGCUAUAAAUGAUUUGUGUUUCUUCUACAAACAGCAUUAAAAAAAAAAGUAGAAUAGCUUUUUUUAAAAGCAUUUGAAUUUGGUAUUUAAAUUUACUCAAUCUAUACCAAUUUUCAUGCCCACAGGAACAAUCAGAGUAAUAUAACCCUGA